AUGAAGACUGGAGAUAACAUGUUAGAAAAGGUACAAAACUUCUUCUCCAAAUUAAACCAACUUGUCUGUGAUUUUAAAAUUGGCCAUGAGAUUAAGGCGAUUAGACAGAAGCUAGAUGCCAUUGCAAAUGAUAGCAAACUCCUCUGCCCUGUGGCGAUAGGAGUCAGCGCUAGGGAGAGGGACUAUACUCAUUCCUUUGUACUCAAGGAAGAAGUUAUUGGGAGAGAAGAUGACAAGAAGGAGAUCAUAGAUAGACUUCUUUCUGAUUCCAAUGUUGAAGGGAAUGUAGGAAUCCUUCCGAUUACUGGCAUCGGAGGAUUAGGAAAGACCACACUAGCUCAACUCAUAUUUAAUGAUCUGAAAGUAGAUGCACAUUUUCAGCUAAAAAUGUGGGUGUGCGUCUCUGAUAAUUUUGUUGUUAGAAAAGUUGUUGAAAAUAUCCUACAAUCGGCAACAAAAAGGAAACAAGAGAGUGUUGAAAUGGACACAUUGGUGCAUCGUCUUCGAGAAAAAAUUGGUGGAAAGAAAUACUUACUUGUGUUGGAUGAUGUGUGGGAUGAUGUUUGCAACCAGGAUGUUAGAAAAUGGCAUGAAUUGAAAAAACUAUUGAUGAGUGGUGCAAUUGGGAGUAGAAUACUAUUAACUACACGUAGUGCACAAGUUGCAAGAAUUACCCAAUCAAUUGAACCAUACUCCUUACAGUGCUUAGACAGCCAGAAGUCAUGGUGUUUAUUCAAGCAAGUGGCAUUUGUGGACGGGCAAGAGCCAGUGAAUUCUAGAAAAAAAGUCGAAGUUGGAAAGAAGAUUGUAGAAAAGUGUUCAGGUGUCCCUCUUGUCAUCAAAACAAUUGGAAGUUCACUAAUCUUUAAAGAUUCUGAAGAGUGGGUUAAUUUCGAAAAAAAUAAACUGGCAAAAACAAAAGAAAAUGAAAUCAUACCAACUCUUAAGCUGAGUUAUGAUCAACUUCCAUCACAUUUGAAACAAUGUUUUGCUUAUUGUAGUAUAUUUCCGAAGGAUUACGUGAUGGAAAAAUCAAAAUUGAUAAAUCUCUGGAUAGCACAGGGGUUUAUCAAGCCAUCCAAUCCAAAUGAAUGUCUUGAAGAUGUUGGUCAUGAGUAUUUCAUGGAUUUACUUUGGAGAUCGUUCUUUCAAAAAGCUAAAAUGGAUGCGUUUACGAUUAAAAUGCACGACCUCAUGCAUGAUCUUGCAAUGUCAGAGGCAGGAUCGUUGAUCACCAGAUUAGAAUCUGAAUCUGGGAAAAUAAUCAUUGGUGAUCAGAAAACUCGACACGUAUCAGUUGUCAACAAUAUAGAUUUUUCCUUUCUAAUUCCAACUUCCUCGUCUAGAGCCAGUAGGAUUCGAACACUUCUUUGCCUUGGUGGAUUCAAGAAUCCGUUCGAGUACUCAAGUACUUCAUGUAAAGCAAUCUUUUCAAGUUUGAAGUUCUUGCGAGUGCUGGGUUUACGUCGAAGACGGCUUGAUAUGGUACCGAAUUCCAUAUGUAAGUUGAAGCAUUUAAGAGAUCUUGAUCUUUCGGAGAAUUGGAAAAUCGAGAAGCUGCCCGAUUCCAUAAGUAGGUUGCAAAAUUUGUAUACACUAAGACUCUCUGGUUGCGAGAGGCUGAAAGAAUUGCCUACAGGAAUUACGAAAUUAGUCAACCUCAGGCACCUUUACAAUGAUGGAGGUGGUAGAUUGACUUACAUGCCACGUGGAUUGGGGCAAUUGAAAAAUCUCCAGACAUUAUCUAAGUUUGUUGUUCACUCUGAUUCGGCGCCAGAGGAUAGUGGCCGGUUAAGCGAGCUAAACAGACUGAAUAGCUUAAGAGGAGAAUUAUUGAUUUCGGGUUUGAGACAUGAUGGGGAUGACUUCGCAUUGGAUUGUAAGGGUUCAAACCUAAUGGAGAAAGAAGAUCUUCAGGAUUUGACUUUACGUUGGAGACCACGGCUACCACGAGAAAGUGAAGAAAAUGUUAUUAAUGCACGUGAUGAAAAUAUGGCAUUGGAAGGCCUUGAACCUCACCCAAAUCUUAAAAAGCUGCGUAUAGAUUGGUAUGAGGGUGUGAAGCUUUCGGAAGGUUUUUCGACACUCACAAAUCUUGUUUAUUUGAAAUUAUGGUGUUGUAGGAAAUUGAAAUAUUUGCCACCAUUGAGUCGACUACCCUCUCUUAAGAGUCUUCGACUGGACUCCCUAGCUAAAAUAGAGUACGUAUCAGAUUGUAGUGACAACAAUGAGUUAUCUUCUUUUUCUUCAUCAGCAUUAAUCUUCCCAUCUCUGGAGGUAAUUGAUUUCAGUUGGUGUCCUAAUCUGAAGGGUUGGUGGAGGAGGAGUGAUUCUUAUAAUGUGGAUGUCAAUACUACUGAUCAUGCUUUACUGCUAUUUCCUCGUCUUUCAGAAUUAAUAAUACACCGUUGCCCUUUGUUGACUUCAUUGCCAAUGUUUCCACAUCUGCAAGAACGGUUAGUCCUAGACAAUGCCAGGUGGAAGCCAGUGCAACAAACAAUAACGAAUGCCUCCUCCUCCUCCUCCGCUUCCUCCACACCCAUUGCCUUUUCAUCUGCUCCUCUCUCCAAAUUGAAGAGAAUAAUCUUACGUCAAAUUGAGGAUCUAGAAACACUGCCAGAGGAUGGGUUGCAAAACCUCAUAUCUCUCCAGUAUUUGACGAUAACUUACUGCCCUAAAUUAAAGUCUCUCUCCCAAGGUGUACAAUAUCUCACUGCGCUUCAAAACCUGGAGCUUACUGAUUGUCCUCUGCUUGAUCUAGGCAACGAUGAGCACCAGAUGCAAUGGAAAGGGCUUAAAAGCCUCAUCUCUUUGGAGUUUCAGAUUAUUCCGAAAAUGGUGUCUCUCCCAUUGGGGCUUCAAUAUGUAACCACUCUCCGACAGCUCGUAAUCUCAAAUUGUUCAAGCUUGAUGGCUAUACCAGAGUGGAUUUGCAAUUGGGCAUCACUUGAGCGGUUCACAAUUAAUACAUGUUCUGGUUUAACAUCACUGCCUGAAGCAAUAAGUAGGCUAACCUCUUUGAAAAAGUUGGAAAUUCAUGCUUGCCCCAUCUUAUUACGAAGAUGCGAACUUGGAGGUGAGGAUCGGCCCAAGAUUGCUCACAUCCCAAAGCUGGACUUUCGUCUUCGUGCUUACUUGGCUGAUCGAGAAACGACUUCAAGUGAAGAAGAAACAGGGGAGAGCGAUUGAGAGUUGGUUAAAAAUAUCUAAUGCACUGCGACUUCUACAGGAGAAUAGUAAGGAGGCGGAAGAAGAGCAAAGGGAAGAAAUAUAGGAAGGGGUUGCGGAGGAGAUCCAGGACUGGAAUCCGGGGGCCGCAAUGUCGAGGCUGUGUAAUUUCACGACAACAAUUUCAACAAGGCCUGCAUGUUUCUUAGAAUGAAAAGUGAUGGCAAUUUGAUUUUUCUCAAGACUAUCUCAUAUGUCUAAACUUACAAGGAUGAUUUGGUUUGCAUGUUGGAGCACAUGUAUAUCUGAAGUUGAUCAUAGCUACAUGAUGGAUGAUGCGGCCAAUUGCGCGCUUUGAACUUCUUUAUUUGUGCAUGGUCUCCAAGGACAUUUUCUUCCAUCAAUUAUCUUGCAGCUAGUUGUUGCACAGGAUAUGGCAGCUUGUAACAUAUUUUCUUUCAUUCUGAACGGAUUAAUAACUCAUGUUUGCAGUGUGGUAUUGGAGUACCUAACUAUUAUUGUGUUAUCAUUUGAUAUUAUAGAGGAGGCGUCCAUACUUUAUGUGAAUUUUAUAUAAUUCUAGCAAUUUUAGUAUUAUUUCAUAUUGAAACA